AUGACUGGACAGAGACUGGACAGAGACCGGAGAGACUGGACAGAGACUGGACUGAGACUGGACAGAGACUGUCACUGCCUGGAUCAGAGAAGCUGCGCUGCCAUCAUCCCAGUGCUGGCAGCAAAUCAGGGCCAGACACCGGAAAAGUCCUUGAACUCAAACGCAUCCACGUGUCCCCAUAAGGAGGUGUGUCAUCUCAGCAAGAUAACCCCUGCUAACACCCAGCGUCGUGUGACGUUCCACCUCCCGGAUGGUUCUCAGGAGAGCUGUAGCGACAGUGGUCUAGGGGACCACGAGCCCAGCAGCACUGCCAGCACCACUCAGCCUCUCCCCCUCGGCUUCCCCCAGGAAGAGUACUACCAACAGACUUCGCCCAACAGCCGCACCGAGGGAGACGGAAACUCUGACCCUGAGUCCACCAUGGUGGAGGUGAACCUGGCCAAGGCGCUGGCGGAAGCCUCGGAGACGUGCACCCAGGAAUGUCUGAUCCUGGGCCACUCCGACAGCUGCUGGAUGCCCUCCUCCCUGGUGACCCAGUUCCAGUCUCCGUCCAACACGGGUACCCUGCCUACCCUGCCCUCCUUUGGCUUCCAGCAUCAGCAGAGUUACCCCUGGGCCAGGGGAGUCAAGGCGGACGGGCGUCAGUGCCAUACCCUGGGAAGGCCUGCGCCCAAAAACGAUCUGGCUAAAGGGAUGAACCGGCCGCAGUUCUACAACACCCUGGAAAGACACUGCAGUAGCAAGAGUAAGGAGUCUGACCCUGUCAAGGUCAUCCCUCUGGCCAGCUUUUCCUCGCCUUUGUCGGGCCAGCAGACCCCAGCCACCGAGGGAUCGUCUGCCUUCUUACAUGAGCAUCAGCUGUAAGGGGUUGUACGGGGCCAAAUUAACACCAACCUGUUUAUCUAAUGUACCUUGAUGUAUACUUAACAUCAGCUGUAAGGGGCUGUAAGGGGACAUAGUAACACCAGCCAUUUGUCUAAUGUAUCUUGAUGUAUCUUUAACAUCAGUAGUAAGGGGCUGUAAGGGGACAGAGUAACACCAGCCAUUUGUCUAAUGUAUCUUGAUGUAUCUUUAACAUCAGUAGUAAGGGGCUGUAAGGGGACAGAGUAACACCAGCCAUUUGUCUAAUGUAUCUUGAUGUAUCUUUAACAUCAGUAGUAAGGGGCUGUAAGGGGACAGAGUAACACCAACCAAUUUAUCUUGAUAGUUUGUGUGUAUGUGUGUGAACAUGAAAUGUGAAGGAAGGGAUGAUGACAAAGCUGUCACUCAGUCUCCACAGUGUUGUUACUCAGUCUCCACAGUGUUAUUACUCAGUCUCCACAGUGUUGUUACUCAGUCUCCACAGUGUUAUUACUCAGUCUCCACAGUGUUGUUACUCAGUCUCCACAGUGUUAUUACUCAGUCUCCACAGUGUUAUUACUCAGUCUCCACAGUGUUGUUACUCAGUCUCCACAGUGUUGUUACUCAGUCUCCACAAUGUUGUAACUCAGUCUCCACAGUGCUGUUACUCAGUCUCCACAGUGUUAUUACUCAGUCUCCACAGUGUUGUUACUCAGUCUCCACAGUGUUGUUACUCAGUCUCCACAGUGUUGUUACUCA